AUGUCGAGCGAUGACCUCGCGCCGGACGUCCUCCUCGCGCUCGCGCAAACCGUGGCCGAGGACGCGCUGAGCGGGAACUACGAUUUAGCGCGUCCGCAGAGGAUCGCGUUCGUGGGCGGUGGAUUGGGUGGAUUGCGCGCCGCGCGCGCGUUCAGUUCUCUCGUCGGUGCGCUCGUCGCGUUGACGCUCACGGCGCUCGCGGUCGUCGUCGCGGUCGUCGCCGCGAUCGGGGGAUACGCGUACGCGAACCGACGGACGUUCGUGGCGAAGUUGGACGCGUGGGCCAAGGCGCGCGCGCUCGGCGAGCUCGAGAGGCGUACGACGGCGACGUGCGCGCUUCAAUCGUGCGCCGUUCGAUGGAACACCGUCACCUUGCGCGGGUUGACCAUCGGGAACGCGGUGGUGGAUGGUGUGACGUUUGCGUCUCCGCACCUGGCGUCGUUCGAGGAGAUUAAGAUUGCGAUUGAUUUCUUGUCGGCGCUCGGGCGGUUGCAGUUUGGAAACUUGGUCUUCGGGUUCGUGACGACGAAGUGCAACGAGAUAUACGUCUCGGGGGCGAGCGUGUUCAUCGAGGAGUUGGGUAGGGCGAAGAAUUUUAAGAUUAUGCGUCAGCGUCGAGAGGAGGAGGCGAAGACGGCGGAGGAGGAGGAGGCAACGGCGCGAGAGGAGACGCCGGCGGACGCGGAUGUCGACGGAGGAUUUUUCGGAAGCUUCUCGAGUUCUCUCGCGGCCACGCAGAAGGCGAUCGACGCGCAGAUGCAAGAGGCGAUGAAACUUCCCGGGGCCGUCGCGGGGUCUCUGAAGAACGCCGGGGCGGACGUGACGAAGCGGUUGUACGCGUUGGCGGAUAUCCUCGAAAAAUUGAAGCGCCCCAGUCCAAUCGACCACGAGGAAGAAAAACACCUCGAUCGCGCCACGCUUCGUCGAGCACCGAUGGUUUUGAGGGUGAACAAUCUCACCUUUUACAACUGGUCGCUCACGAUCACGACCGUGGCGUCGACGCCGUUUCAGUUCCAGCAAUUCCAAAUGAACAAUUUCAUCGGCAAACCCAGGGAGCUCGCGAAGGACGUCGGCAUCGGUUUGGUCACGGAAAUCAUGAAUGAUUUCCAUCGAAAAAUUUUUGGCGGAGUGACGGAUGGUAUCACGAGUUUAGGAACUGGAAUAAUGGGCGCUGGGUCGACGAUUGUCGGUGGCGUCGGUACCGGCGUCUCGGCGAUGGGUUCCGGUAUCCUCGGCGCCGGAUCGACAAUCGUCGGUGGCGUCACUUCAGGAAUCGGCGGCAUGGCCAGCGGCGUCUCGAGCGUCGGCGCGAGCAUCGGCAGAGGUUUCUCUUCGCAGUGA